AUGGAAGACGACAAAAAAAGGGGCAAGAAUUUUACCGAAACAGAAAAAUCAAUUUUAAUCGAUCUUAUUUUGCCAUACAAACAUAUUAUUGAAAAUAUCAAGACUGAUGGUGCAACAAAUAAAGAAAAAGAUUUGGCAUGGGGUGAAAUUGCAAAUACAUACAAUUGCCAACAAAUUACUGGUAUCAGAACCAUUCGUCAAUUGAAAUCUGUAUAUGAUGUUCAAAAAAGAAAGGCUCGAAAAGACAAAAGUGAUUAUAAGGUUGAACUUUACAAAACUGGUGGUGGUCGUAAUUUAUCAAUGCUGUCAAGUACAACAGACAAAGUCAUUGGAAUCUUAGGUGAUCGUUUAGAACCUUUAUCUAACCAAUAUGAUUGUGAUUCUGACUAUCCAAAUGUUAAUAACCCACCUGAUGAAUUCAUUAUUCAAACAUUAAAUGAAGAUGAUUUAUCAGAUGACUUAUUUAACAACUCUGAUGAAAACCCCUAUUUAAUUGAGAAACCAGUUACAAAAAAAAGAUCUCCAGAAAUACUUUUAGCACCAAGCAACAAAUUGGUAAAAAUAUUGGACAAACAAUCUGUUGCUCAUAACGUCGCCACUAGUCAUCCUGCAACUGUGGAACAAAAUAUAAACAAAAAGCAUGAGUCUUCUGCAAAAAAAGCAAUAAAAAAAUCAAAACUGCAGUUAGAAAUUACAGAAAUGGAACAAAAGAUCAUGGUCCUAAGAUAUGAUACUGAACAACAAAAGUGUGAUUCAGAACUCAAGCAAAACAAAUUAAAAGAACUAAUUCUUGAGUCUGAACUAAGACAGAAUAAAAUGAAAGAAACUAUUCUUUCAAAACAAUUAAUAAUUAAUUUGUAA